ACCAUCGCGAGUGGUUUGGCGUACGAAAGCGUAGUUGCACGAUCGCGGUAGGCGCGCGUGUCGUCGCUCCCGCUUCCGUAGCGGGAGUGCGCCGGGCCUCACAUAUAGUCGUCGCGUGUGCGUUUUCAACGGACCUACUUCCGGACCGGUGGGCGGGGGCGAGACGGUUCUUCCGCGAAAACAAGGAAUAUCCCAUUUGGCGACUCUGUCGCGUGUGAAUAUCGAAAGCAAGCGGCGAUAAGAAGCAAGCCAUGCUGCCGGAAGAUAGUGAAUCAAACAUAAACAAACCAUUCGAUUGUUGUGAACAUAAGUGCUAGGAAGAUAAUAAUGAUAAGAUGGAUGUGUUGCUAGAAUGUAAUUCUUUUCAUUUCUAUAUACUUUUUUAGACGGUUAUGCCCGCUGCUGCUCUGGCCAGGAGCAAUUAUCGCCAAUGAUCAUUUUGAGAACCAGCGGCCAGCGGAUAUACAUCGUUAAUUUGAAAAAUUUUCGGUGUUCUCCCAGCUCUCGCCAUUGGAAUGGCUUUUCGUUGUUACUGGUGCUGGUAAACUAUUUGGAGCUAAAGGUUUCCGCAGAUGCAGAAAUAAACAAUGAUGCCGAAGUAAUUUUAAUCGAUUAUCUUCACCCACCGGAGGAAAACACGUCGAGCCAGCCAGUAGCGCGGAUCAGUCGAAAACGAACGGAUCAAGAGCCCGCCAAUAGCAAAAAUGGGAACGUAUUCUUGAACCGUUCGGCAAUGCACGGUUUCGGCGGAUUUGCACUACUGAGAUAGCGAUACCCGGUUUGCGAGAGCAUUGACUAUUGAGGGGAGACACCACCUGGAUUUCUAUACGAGGGUCAUUCGGUUGAUCUGACGAUGGAAUUCAACACGCAUCACUUCAAUACGUGAUAUAUUUGUUUUGUUUCAAACUAAUUUCUUAAAGAAAGUCAGCAAAAACUGUUAUAUUUUACUAUUUUUAUAAAACACGAUGUUCUAAAUUAAGCAAAUGAUUUCAAAUGUGUCGAGAUAUAUUCUAUUACAAAUUAUGAUUCGUAACAUGUUAGGUUUUGUUAAGUUUUAGUAAAAUGUGGAAAAAUGUCAUAAAACCUAAAAUGUUACCAAUAAGACAGUGUGUUAAGGCAAUCGUAUCAAAUGGUCGGACUUAGAUUUUUCGUCUUCAAAAAAAAUACACUAUCCAUUGCAAUAUCAUCAACACCAUCUGAUGGAAGACGAGAAGCGUAAGUUUGGAAGUUUGCGAUAGCUGAAUCAGAAGUUAAAGAAAAGUGUUUUUAUAACAAUAAAAGAAAUCGAACUAACAAGUCUAGUUGAAGAACAGAAACAAACGGAAAGACGCAAAAAGGGCAAUGAAGGCGAGAGAACAAAUACGUACAAUGGUUUCUUUUCAUUUCUCAUUAAAUCAAUUCUUAUUAACGAUAAUUUAUAGGUCAUUAUAGAGUGUUUGAUUUUAACCGUGAAACAGAUAAUGAAACUAACUUUAUUCUACACUGUGUAACUAAAUGGUCAGAAGAGCCAAUUCUAGGCCGUUUGUUGGUUUUGUAGUCGGUUCUGUGUUUCGAGAACGAUGAUUGCUUUCGUUGCAUAAAGUUUAUCUAUUGAAUGGCGAGGAACUAUCACAGCAACAUAAAAUACAUUUGAUGCGAGGAUUUAACAACAAUAAAAAAAAUAUAACAUGUAUCAUUGCUGUAGAACAAUUAAAAGGAACUGAAUGGAGCUAAAUGAUGCUGUUAACUGAAAUUCGAUACGAAUAUCUGUGUAAUUAUUAGAUUGUAACAAAGAGAAUAUUAAAACAAGAAAAGUUUUAUAACAAAACUAGAACAAAUGAAUCAUACAACACAUGUUUGUAGGGUAGCGCACAAGCCACCAUUCAUACCCCGCAUAGAGUUUAAGAGCGAUUUGAGCAUGAGAAAGUAUUAAAAGAAUAAAGUUGUAUCAGCCAGAAA